AUGCAGAAAAUCUUUUUCCCUUUUUUAAAAUACAAUUUCCAUUCGGAUAAUUCUGAAGCAGAUCUAGGCUUCACUGGGAUUUCAAAGGCAUCUAGCCGUUGCAGGGGAUAUAUGAAACAGUGUCGCCACAUUUUGAAAGUUUUGUUUAUUCUGAAGGAAACCACACGAGCUUUCUCUUUUAGAAAUCCGUUUCUCCACGGAAAACCUGCAAGCAAACCCCGCUUUCUGUGUUCCAUGGUCGUCCCAAGACCCCAACCAAAGGGUACCCAUAUCACCAACCCCUUCGUCCUCAUCUCAAUUCUGCGAAAUUCUGCUAGUUCUGGAUCCUUUCAGGUUGCGAAGAUGGUUCAUGCGUAUAUUGUGCGAACUGGGUUCAAAUCAGAUUUGUUGGUUUUCAACAAUCUGCUUCAUGUUUAUUGCAGAGAUGGUCUUAUGUUGGAAGCACUGAAAUUGUUCUACAAAAUGCCUGAAAGAGAUGUUGUCUCUUGGAAUACCAUGAUUUCUGGACUUGUUAGUUUGGGUUUUUUUAAUGAAGGGUUUUCGUUUUACCGUGAGAUGCGAAGGGUUGGAAUCGUUCCUAGUCAGUCGAGUUUUGCUUCUGUUCUGGUUGCUUUGACUGAGAUGGGUAGUCUGGUUAAUUGCAGACAAAUACAUGGAGAGUGUUUCAAAUAUGGGUUCUCAUCUAAUCUCCUUGUGGGAAAUGCUCUUUUGACAGCUUAUGUUAAGUGUGGUGACAUCAAGGGAACAAGAGACAUGUUUAAUGGAAUGAAAAAUUUUGAUGAAGCUUCAUGUGAAAUCUUAGUUAGAGGUUAUCUUCAACUAGGUAGCUUCAGUGAAGCUUUUGAUCUAUUCAGAAGUUCUCAUUUAAUAGGAAUACCCCUUAGUUGUUUUUCACUUACUAGCCUUAUAAGCUUCUGUGAAAGUGAACUUAUUGAUCAUGAAAUGCAAAUUCAUGGGUACAUUGUUAAGGUCGGGUUGGACUCCGAUGUUUCUGUAGUGAAUUCUCUUAUUGCAAUCCUUGAACGGUCUGUUAGAAGCUCUCCCCCACCACGAUGA